CUGAUUCGCGAAACGAACGACGGAACGGAACGCGAAGCUCGCGCAUCAUCCAGCAGUCAUUCAUUCAUAUCCAAAUCCACAGCAACGCACAGAGAAAAAGAGAGUGCUUUUCGUGAGCUGCGAACCUGUUUUCCAGAAUGUCAAAAGUGACAAAGUAGUAGUCGAGAGAGUCGAGUGAAAUGAUGUCAAUCGUUGCUGGUCGCGUACUACUACGGGAAAUUUAUUUGCAUUUUAUCGAAUCGUGAUCGUGAAAAUCUUCCCGCGGGUUUCCGCUUCUGGUGCUCGGUGAGGCGCUUGUCCGCGCGGUGAUAUUUCCGGCCCUCGGGCUAAGCUGCAAAAUGUCGAAACAUGACCGUGCGAAAUCGGGUGGCUUGCUGGAUACGUUGUUCUUUGGCCGACCGCACAAAAAGGGAGGCCGUGGCGGUUCUAGCAGUUAUGGGGGAAGUGGCGGGCUGGGGGGAGGGGGUGUUAGUGGCCACGGAGGCAGCAUCAAUGGGGGCCGCCCGCUAUCCGGAACGGAAUCCGAUCUGGUCAAUCUGGAGGAGAUCAGUAACGCAGUCAAGCGGAUGACGGAGGCGGAAGUGAAUCAGAAGUUUCUCGAGAUUCUCGAGGACAUGAAUAUUCCGAAGGAUAAACGGGAUCCGCUGCUGCUGAAACCGCUGGACGAGAAGCGGAAAAUGAUUCUGAUGCACAUGAAAGGAAAAAACAACACCGAACACCGUGCCAACUCACGCUUCGAGAGGCCCAUCGACUACAUCCAAUAUCUCCAGGACGGCGACUUCAACAGUCGGAUCCCCAAGAUCUUACAAUGUGUGGAAAAUCUCCGGGUGGCGUUGACGAGCAAUCCCAUCAGCUGGAUCAAAGAGUUCGGCGAAACGGGGAUCGAUGUGAUCGUGAAUCUUCUGCGGCACUGCAAGUCCAUGCCCCGGCGGUUCGAUAAGGUCGAAUACGAAUGUUUGCGAUGUUUGAAAGCGAUCAUGAACAACUCCUGGGGUCUGAACGUUAUCCUGACGCCGGAUCAACAUGCAGCGGUAAUGCUACUGGCCCAGAGCGUCGAUGCCAGCAAGCCGCAUACGAUGUGCGAAGCGGUCAAACUGCUGGCGGCCAUCUGCUUGGUCAAGGAACGGAACGGGUACGAAAAGGUGCUGAAGGCGAUCACGAACAGCACUAUGAUGGCACGGCAAGGAACGGAUCGGUUUCGACCGAUCGUGGAUGGGUUGUUUGUGGAACACGAUCGAAAUUAUGAACUAACGAUCAACACGAUGAUCUUUAUCAAUUGUAUUAUCAACACACCGUCGGAUAUCAACUUUCGGCUGCAUCUGAGGUGCGAAAUGAUGCGAGCUGGACUGCACGAUCGGCUAGACCAGCUUACGGAUAUGGUGGAGAAGAGUAACAACGAGAAUCUGGAGAAGCAUUUCAAGAUAUUCAAUGCUUUCCGAGAGGACGACUUUGAGGAGUUUAGUAAUAGGUUCGAUAAUGUAAGAUUAGAUCUAGACGAUAUGAAUGAGUGUUUCGAACUGUUGAAGAAUCUGGUGGUGGAUACGAGCUGUGAGCCUUACUUUCUAUCAAUUCUGCAGCAUUUAUUGUUCAUCAGGGACGAUUACGUUUAUAGACCGGCGUUUUUUAAGCUGAUCGAAGAAUGUGUCUCGCAAAUCGUACUGCACAAAAGUGGGGUGGAUCCUAAUUUUGAUAGCAGAGACUUCCACAUAGACACGUCUACGUUGCUGGAAGAUAUGGCCGAGAAAAGUCGACAGUUGGAAACCAAGAAAAGUGAAGACUUAGAAAGACGGAUGGAAGAGUUGCAGACGGCGAAGCAGGAAGCGGAAGCCAGAGCGGCUGCGUUGGAAGAUCGCUUGAAGGAAAUUGAAGCCACUGGCGUGGUAUCACCGAAGGGAAAGAGCAAACUACCUCAGAUUAAUAUUCCUCCUCCACCUCAAAUGCCUGGCAUGGGACCUCCUCCCCCACCGCCUCCACCAGGAAGCGGGGGAGGUAUGCCACCACCGCCCCCGCCCCCAAUGAUGCCUGGUGUUCCAAUGCCACCGCCUAUGCCAGGCAUGGGCGGCGCUCCAAGGCCUCCUCCAAUGCCGGGUAUGGGUCCACCACCUCCUCCGAUGCCCGGAAUGGGACCACCUAGGCCACCGGGUAUGCCAGGAAUGAUACCUAUGGCCCCGAUGCCCGCACCGUUACCACAUGGCCUGAAACCGAAGAAAAAAUGGGACACCGAAGGGCCAAUGAAGCGAGCGAAUUGGAAAGCAAUCAUUCCUCAAAAGCUUUCUGAGCACUCUUUCUGGGUCAAAGUUCAGGAAGACAAGUUGGCAGAUGAUGAAAUUCUUUCCGGAUUGGCCAUGAAGUUCUCUUCCAAGCCGAUGAAGCAGGCUGAUAAGGAUUCCGUUGAUCGACCGCCGUCUUCUAAGAAGAAUGUCGACCUUCGAGUGCUGGACGGAAAGGCUGCUCAAAACUUAUCAAUCUUGCUGGGCGGUUCCCUAAAGCACCUGUCUCACGAACAAAUCCGCACGUGCCUUCUUCGCUGCGACACAACGAUCCUUGGGCCGAGUGUGCUGCAGCAAUUGAUACAAUACUUACCACCACCGGACCAACUUAAACGGUUACAAGAGAUAAGGGCACGAGGUGAAGAACUGGCAGGCGCUGAAGCAUUUGCCGCCACUAUAGGAGAUAUCAAACGAUUAGGAGCGCGGUUGCAGAGCCUCAACUUCAAGCUGAACAUGCCAGACUUGAUGCAGGAUUGUAAACCGGAUAUCGUGGCGGGGACAGCUGCAUGCGAGGAAGUCAAAAAUAGCAAGAAAUUUGCAAAGGUGUUGGAGUUGAUUCUGCUGUUGGGAAACUAUAUGAACUCCGGAUCGAAAAAAGAAGCUGCUUUUGGGUUUGAAAUAAGCUUCCUUCCAAAACUCAGCAGCACAAAAGAUUACGAAAACAAGCAAACGUUGCUUCACUACAUAGCAGAUGUAGUGGAAAAGAAAUUCCCGGAAGCGCUCACCUUCAACGAGGACCUUUCCCACGUCGAUAAAGCCAGUAGAGUCAGUUUGGACAACAUUCAGAAGACGAUGCGCCAGAUGAAUAGUUCACUGAAAAAUUUAGAAUCCGAUCUGAACAACAACAAAAUUCCUCAAAGCGACGACGACCGAUUCAUGGAAGUCAUGGGUACGUUUGCUGUCGAAUGUCGAAAACAAGUGGAACUGUUGGGCAAAAUGCUUUCACAAAUGGAGACCCUGUUCAAGAGCCUCUCUGAAUACUACUGUUUCGAUCCGGCAAAAUAUACCAUGGAGGAAUUCUUCACCGACAUUCGCACUUUCAAAGAUGCCUUCGUUCAGGCUCAUGCGGAAAAUAUGAAAAUCCGGGAAGAUGAGGAAAAGAGACGCCGUGCCCAGGAAGCCAAGGAGCGGUCUCAAAGGGAACUACAAGAGCGGCAACAGCGAAAGUUGGCUCUGGUGGACAUCGAUGCCGUCCAAACGCAGGAAGGUGUCAUGGAUAGUUUGCUGGAAGCGUUGCAGACGGGUUCCGCUUUCGGCAAUCGAGAUCAACGGAGGCGGCGAGGCCCACGGCCAGCAGGGGCCGAACGGAGAGCACAACUGAAUCGAAGUCGGUCGCGGACCGGAAUUACAGCCAAUGCAUUCUCCAGUCGGGAAAUGCUGUCCGAGCUUCUGGGACCGGCUUAAAACAGUUCAAGAUAGAUACAUUCGUGUACAUAUCGUAGCGAGGUCGAACUACUUAUAGUUAUGCCAAUAAAUAAAACCAUUUUAAAGGGUUAUUGUAAAUCGUAGAGACUAAACGGUCCAAUUUUUAUUUUCGGUCUACAUAAAUUCGGCUUAAAACCGUGUAGGUUCUAUUUUAAUUUUUGCUUUAAAUUAUGUUCAAUUUUCCUCAAUUUUUGAAUCUUAUUCUUCUAUUUCUGAUUUUAAAUUUUAAACAUUGACUCUUAAAUUAAUAUUUUUCUUUUCUAUAUUCAGUCAACGCAGAAUAAAGCAUACACUGUUAUUCGAAUUGGUGUCAUGCUUCUUUAUCAAUAAUUAUCAUUCGAAUGAAGCACAAAACUGACGCAUACAAUUAUUAAAAAGCAGUAUUCCGAUUGGUAGGUAGAAUGGCCAGAAAACAGAAAAUCAAGACUACGAAAAGUUAUAAACGAAACGGAUCGAUUUAUAAUGCAAAACCUAAGUGUACGUGCAUGUUCUAACGAAACUUUCAUAGAACGAACAGAAACACCAGCGAUUUAAAUAAUACGGUGCCUAAAAUACAAAAAAAAAUAACGUAUUGCAAAAAAUGCGAUGAUUACUUCAAACGCUUCUUAAAAAAAGAAAAGACAAUUCCAAUUGGGUGAGAUGAGAGUAAACUUUGUUCAAUUAGUGAUUAGCAUAAGGGUAAUUUUCACUUUUUGCUUUGCAAAAUACAACAUAAGUUGCCGCAGACGAGCAGAAACAAGCCAAUAACAAAGUUGCUGUUUUACACGGAACGACUUUUUUCAUUUAAUGAUGAAUACGGAUGCCGCUUAGGGUAUAGCAGUUCUGUAACAUACAAGUGAUAAGCGUAUUAAUACUUAUACAUAUACUUUUGAGUAGAUAUAUUUUUGAUCAUUAUACAUAGUUGCGCACUGGUAAAUGCGGUAUGUGCGUAAAUUUUUGUAGUUUCUUUUCUAUUAUUAUAUAUUAUGUAAAUAUCAAUAAGACCAUUAAAACAUGUUAUUGCAUUUUGCGAA